CAUGAAAUUUGACAUAAUUUCCCAUUGGUUUUAAGCGUAGACACUCAAAUUAUAUUUCAUGUGAUUUAUUUAUAUAUUUUUUUGUGAGUAAAAUUUAUUUAAGUAAUAACAAUGCCGAUUAAACUAUUGCUUGCUCGCCAAAUAUUUGACGCUACGGGCGUACCAACGGUCGAGGUCGACAUGGUGACAGAACUAGGACUAUUUCGUAUUGGCGUUCCAUCGACAGACGUUAAAAAAGUUGCAGAGUCAUUGCAGUUGAGAGAUAAUCACCCAACGGAAUACCAUGGCAUGGGUGUAUUGAUGGCGGUAAAGAAUAUCAAUUCUAUAAUUGCACCAGAACUAAUUAAGCAGAACCUAGAAGUUACGAUGCAAAAAGAAAUAGACCAUUUUAUGAUAGCCCUGGACGGCACUGAAACUCGAUCAAGACUAGGAGCCAACGCCAUAAUGGCGGUGUCCUUGGUGGUAGCUAAAGCUGGUGCGGCAAAGAAAGGAGUACCUUUAUACAGACACGUUUCAGAUAUGGCAGGAGUCACCACUAUUAUUUUGCCAGUUCCCCACUUCACCAUUCUCACUGGAGGAAUACUAUCAUCCAAUGGCCUUCCUUUCCAAGAAUAUUUAAUUAUACCAACAGGAGCCUCAUCUUUUGGAGAAGCGAUGCGCAUUGGGACCGAAAUAUACACUUACGUAAAAAAUAUCAUAUUGAAUAAAUAUUUUGUUGAAACUACAUACGUAAGUGACAACGGCGGCUUUUCUAUUCCACUACAGAGUCACAGAGAUGCACUUCUUUUUCUUACUGAUGCUAUAAAGCAGUGCGGAUAUCAUGGAAAGGCCGAAAUAGGUAUCAAUGCAGCCGCUUCAGAUUUAUACAAAGAUGGCGCUUAUGAUUUAGAGUUUAAGAAUCCUAACUCGAAUCCUCAGGAAUAUAUGUCUUCCGACAAGCUUGCGGAGGUCUACUUAGACAACAUUAAAGAGUUUCCAGUGUGCUCUAUUGAAGAUGCUUUUGAAUAUGACGACUGGUCUGCGUGGUCACUUUUAACGACUCGCACUUCGGCACAACUGUUCGGCAAUGAUUUGACACAGACCAAUUUAAGAAGAGUUGGCCUAGCUGUUGAGAAAAAAGCCGGUAACACAAUUGGAUUGCGAAUUAAUCAAGCUGGGACAUUGACCGAGGUUGUCGAGUGUUUCAAGUUGUUAAAAGCAAACGGAUUUGGAGUCGUCGUUUGCGAUAGGUGGGGUGAGACUGAGGACUUGUUCCUGGCCGACCUGGUGGUGGGAUUGUCGGCAGGUCAAAUUAAAUGUGGUGCACCUGCGCGCUGUGACCGGAUCGGCAAGUACAACCAGGUCCUGAGAAUAGAGGAGGAAUUAGGGGCGCUCUCAAAGUACGCUGGCAAGAAUUAUCGCGGACAGUUGUAAAGUGAAUAUCAA